AUGUCGUCAUCUUCUAAGGGACAUACAGGAAAUGAAAAAGGCCCCAAUUCGAUACAAGCAGAAAUGUACAGCUCUGAUAACAACACUAGUGAUAUUGUUCACUUUCAAAUGGAGGACUAAUGUUGACUCUCGGAAUCCAUGGAGGCUCAUGAAGAAAAGCCAAUAAUCUACACUAUGGAAAACAAGCCGAUUGUGACAUGUGCUGGCGACCAAAGCCUGUUCACUUCUCUCUACACCUCUCUGGCACAGCAGUUACCCAGGGAGUCCAUGGAGUGGAGGAGGUCCUACGGACGCGCACCAAAGAUGAUUCACCUCGAGGCCAACUUUGUUCAGUUCAAAGAGGAGCUACUUCCUAAGGAUGGAAACAGAGCCCUGCUCACCUUUCCCUUCCUGCACAUAUACUGGACAGACUGUUGUGACACUGAGAUGUACAAGGCAUCGGUGAAGGAUGACAUGCUGCGGUGGCAGAGCACCCUGCGGCUGCACGGCUCGGUGGACUGGCUCAUCGUGGUGGUGGAGAGCGAAGCCAAGAAGAAGAACAAGACCAACAUCCUGCCGCGCACCUCCAUCGUGGACAAGAUCCGCAACGACUUCUGCAACAAGCAGAGCGACAGGUGUGUGGUUCUGUCGGACCCUCUGAAGGAGUCGUCUCGAUCCCAGGAUUCGUGGAGCGCCUUCCUGACCAAGCUGCGCACCUUGCUACUCAUGUCCUUCACCAAGAACCUGGGUCGUUUCGAGGAUGACAUGCGCACUCUCCGCGAGAAACGCACUGAGCCCGGCUGGAGCUUCUGCGACUACUUCAUGGUGCAGGAGGAGUUGGCCUUUGUGUUUGAGAUGCUGCAGCAGUUUGAGGAUGCCCUGGUCCAGUACGAUGAGCUGGACGCUCUCUUCACUCAGUAUGUCCUCAACUUUGGGGCUGGAGACGGGGCCAACUGGCUGGGCUCGUUCUGUGCCCCGGUGAAGCGCUGGAGCGGCCUGCUCCUGCGGCGGCCCAUCGACAUGGAGAAGCGCGAGCUGAUCCAGCGUGGCGAAGCCAGCCUGCUGGAUCUGCGCAGCUACUUAUUCUCCCGCCAGUGUACCCUGCUCAUCUUCCUCCAGAGGCCCUGGGAGGUCACCCAGCGAGCCCUGGAGCUGCUGCACAAUUGCGUCCAGGAGCUGCGCCUGCUUGAGGUGUAUGUGGUCCAGGGGGCGUUGGACUGCUGGGUGUUCCUCAGCUGUCUGGAAGUGCUCCACAGGAUCGAGGGCUGCUGCGACCGCGCCCAGCUAGAGGCCAACUGCUCCCACACUGUCGGCUUGUGGACCUACGCCACGGAGAAGCUAAAGUCUCUGGGCUACCUGUGUGGCCUCGUGGCCGAGAAGGUCCCCACCUCCGAGGACCUAAACCGCACCGUGGACCUUUUGGCUGGCCUGGGGGAAGAGAGACCAGAGACGGUCAACAGCCUGCAGAGCCCUUACAAAAAACUAAAUGAGGCCUUAUCGUCUGUGGAGGCAUUUGAAAAACACUAUCUGGAGCUGUCUCAUGCUGCUAUGGAGAUGUACAGAGCCAUAGGCAGGAUGCGCUCAGCCCGGCUCAUUGGGAAGAGUCUAGCUGAGUUUUACAUGAAGAAAGGUGACCCGGAGAGAGCAGAGGGCUUCCUUGAUGACUCUCUGAGGUCAUACGUGGCAGAGGGGUGGAGCCUGCAGGUGACUCAUACCAGGAAGCAGAUGGCCGAGUGUCAGAAGCUCCUGCAGCAGACUGAAGAGUAUCCUCUCAAAAUGCAGCGUUCAAAACAACUGGGAACUCAGAAAUCUCCGACUUCCGAGUUCAAGUUCCCAGCUGUCUUGAACACACCUGACAGGAGGAGAGGAAGCACUUCUGCCAGGAGGUCCUUCUCUUUGCAGCGUGAAACAAAAACAAGUGUUUGCCAUUGGACAAGUUCAGCCAGGUGUCAGUCAAGAUACAAUCUUCUAGUUCAGGUUUCCUUGACUCACUGUGCCAGCUACCUGCAGACCAGUGCCUUGCUGGCGGGCGACGCCAACCUGACAGAGGAGGAGAGGAAGCACUUCUGCCAGGAGAUCCUUACCUUUGCCAGCCAGCCCCCGGCACCCUCAGACCAGACUGUGGCUCUGAGCAUGGCGGCGUUCGCCCAGCUGCGCCAGAUGCAGUUCAGCCCGCCUGGCGCCGUGGUGCACGUGGGUGCCGCCCUGCAGCUGGAGCUGCGCGUGCGCUGCCUGAUGCCUGUGGCCAUGCAGGUGGAGCAGCUGGCUGCCACUCUCCACUUCAGCCUGGAGCAGGGCGGGGCGAGGGGCCGUGCGGGUAGCGCCCAGAGGAGGACAGGCCAGGGACCACAAGGCCAGGGGGACGGGGUGGUCCUGUUCCCCCAGGGAAGCCCCCUAGCUGGGGCCGGGAUGGGGGCUUUGCUACCCCCUGCCCUGGAGCUUUACGAAAUGCAGGACCGCAGCCCGUCGGACAGCUCUCUCACCUCCACGGGGGUGGUGUGUAAGAACAUGCACCUUCUGCUGCGGCGCCACGACAGCUCCGCCUCCCUAGACACGCCCACCGCCGGGGCCCUCCCGGCAGCGGUCGCUGUGGACGACGGGGCCCAGAUGUUGAGGGCACGCGACAUAACGCUGCAGCCCGGCGACAACAGCAUCUUGUUCACGGCCCCGACUGGAGAGCCGGGCUCAUACACGUUACGUCAGCUGUGCGGGAGCGUGGGGAGAGUCCAGUUUGUCCAGUCUCACAUCUACCCUGUGGUGCAGUACGAGGUCUACUCCCAGGAGCCUCAGCUCACCAUCGAGCCCCUCUCAGACAACCUGUUGGCAGGCAUUCCCCAGAAGGUGAAGUUCACCAUAGCAACAGGCCACUACAGUGUGAAGAAGGGUGACGCGUUGCAGCUUAGCAAUACAGACUCCAUGCCCAUCCUCCACUCUAGCUGCUGCUCUGCUACCGUCCUGUCCAGCACGGGAGAGCGCAUGGGGGAGAGUGCUCUUUCCAUCCAGUCAUCGGAGAAGGUGACCAGCAUCUCCCUGCCCCCCACCCCUCCCUACCACACCCUGGAGUUCCAGCUGGAGGUGCUGUGCCACAUCCCCCCCACGCCCUUCAAGCCCGACAUCGAGCGUCUCACCAACGGCGAGGUCCGCCACCGGCCCAAGAGCCACAGCCACGCAGACAGUGGCAUGAUCAACAUCGACCAAAAGGUCUCCAUCGACUGUCCUUGGUCCAUCUACUCCACUCUCAUAGCCCUAACCUUCUAUGUCCCUUUCAAAGCCAAGCACUCAAUACUCUCUGCUGGGAAAAGGAAGUACAUACAGGUGUGUCUCCAGAACGUGUCCGACACAAACUUCCACCUGGCGGACCCGGUCCUCACAGAGCGCCAGCCCACAGUCUCGAUGGAGCUGCUCUCACUCAAUGUUAAAAAGCAACAGCCGGUGUGCAGUCAGCAGUCAGUGUUCUGCCUGUGGGAGAUGCGUUGGGCCAAACCCCUCCCGCUGUGUCUGCAGUGUGCAUUCUCCGCCAGCUUCGCCCCCGUCUCCGCCUCAGACACACACACAGCCUUCAAACCCUACCGCUACGAGUUCCAGCUGGACCGGGUCUCUACCCUUUACAGCUUGAAGGCCGAGAUCUUGCCGCCGUCCGGCGACCAGCACUGUCGCACCGGCGCCCUCUGUGGCCUCGAGGUGUCCAUCACACGGCAGGCGGAGCCCAGCGAGACUGAAGGGGAGGAGGAGGAGUCUACGGAAAUAGAGGGCCUGAGGACCACCAAGCUCAUGUAUGAAGUGGUGGAUAACAGCAGUAACUGGGCGGUGUGUGGCAAGAGCUCGGGGGUGGUGUCCAUGCCCGUGGCUGCCAGCGCCACACACAGGGUUCAGAUGGAGGUCAUGCCCCUGUUCGCCGGUCACCUGCCCUUCCCCAACAUCAAAGUGUUCAAGUACCUGCCCCACAAUGCCGUCCCAGCCAUUCAGCCCGACACGGACAGCUGCUUAGAGAACGACACCAUUUCCCUGCUGGACAAAGGGCUGGACGACCAGGGCGACACGGCCAGCAUCCGCAGCCGGGGCAGCGUCCACUCGGUGGGCAGCGGGGAGCAGCAGAGGGGUCUGCCCAUGCCCCGCCUGGAGCCCUUCAGCCCGGGACAGGUGUUCUAUUGGAGCCAGGGGCGGCAGGUGCUGGUGCUGCCCGUUACUGAUGACCACGUGAUGGAGGUUAAUGUCACAUGACCCCUGUGGGCCGCUGCUGCACCCCCCCAUGCCCCCAUCACGCCUGGACCUCUGUGGUUUGGUUCCUGGCUGUGGUUCUGGAACCGGGAGAGGGCCUGGCGGCAGGGAACUGACACUUGCUCUCCUCUCAGGACUCGUUGCUGGCCGGCCACUGGCCCGGCUCCUGUUCUGGCCUGAGUUCCAUCUGCUGUAUUUUUAUCCUGUCAAUCUUUUUCAUACUGUAAAACUAUCUCUCUCAUUGAUUCUUGCUCCGUGGACACAGUAAACCGCUUAACUGUUCUACGUAGACCCCCCCCCCCCCCCCCCCACACACACACACACACACCUGUGAUCGGCUUGCUGGUUCCACUGAUCGUCAACACAACCUUCUGUAUGAGGCACACAUGGACACACUAAUGGGCGUUUGGACAGGGGUGCUUCGUUUUGUGGUUUGUAUUGGUUGAUGUGUCACUCUGUAUAUGCAUGACAUGGCAAGUUGUGAUGGAUGAAGGGAAAGAGCGGGGCCGGUUAAUCGUGUGUGUGUGUGUGUGUGUGUGUGCGCAAUAUCUACUCUACAAUAUCUACUUUUCCUCUUCACUCACUUUCCAGCCCCUUGCCCCCAAACCCAGCUGAAUCCUCUUUCCUUUGCUGUAGUCAUAGCGCCACCCUCUGGCCACAGUACAAACUGUUCAAUAAGUACACAUUCUUCCAGAGGAAUCACUGUACCGACUGUGCAAAGGCUGCACCAAAAACACAUUGUCUCGAAGGAAUAUUUUGGAGAAAAAUAUGAGUUUUGUUUUUGUGCAGGUGUGAGACGUACUAAUGAACACUUGCUUUUGGCUUUGUUCAGGUUUUAGGGUUCACUUAUUCACGUAUCGGUGGAAUCUGAGAACAAUGGGAUGAAAUAGCACUUGGUUGUUUUCAGUGACUUCUUUUUGGAUGAAAGUGACCCGUCUGUUUGAAGUGUUACCAUCAUGUGUUCUGUCUGACUUUGGUUUACUUGAAUGCUGAGGAGGUCAAUUCCUAUGUUUAGUAAAUGUGGUGUCUGACAAUUGUUCUUUUUUUUUUCUCUUCUCUCAGACAUUCGCUGUUGCUACGGUAACUGUCAGGAAGAGCACUUUCGUAUCGUAGCACAAUUCUUUCACAAAAACAAUUUAGAAGGAGGGGAAAUGCGCUUGUGUAAAUGCGAUGUUCAUUCGUUUUAUUGACUUCUAUUUUUGUACUGUGUCGCCGGACAAGUUUUGGUUGUUGCUCAGUGUCUGUCGGUGUGGUUGUUUGGUAUCUACUGGAGGCCUAUGGUGGCUUUGGGCCUGAGGCCUAAGCACACCCUGUAGCACACCCCUUCAGCUAUACUGUCCUGUAUUCCUCCACCUCUGGGCUUGUAUCUAGCAUAAUCCCACAAACAAAGUAGUGCUCACCGCCAGGACGAAAGGCAGAAGACUUGUUCCCUCUAUCUGGCCAUCUUGAUGAAAGAGAACCCCGCCCACUCAGACUCCACCUACAAAACUUGGUGGCAAAAAAAAAAAAAAAGAUGUGAACCCUUU